CCGAAUGCUUACCUAUCGCAUGCAGCUAAGGGCACCGACGACUGCGCAAAAAUGCUGGCCUUUGUUUUCGCAGACUUCCAGCCAUCUGGGCGGAUAUUCCUUCUUCUUCAUAUCCUGUCGCAUACCAUGCGAAACAGACUGUCAUGUUUCGUCUCCCGAUAGUGCGCGCGUUCUUCCGCGCAUCGCCCCAGCCGGUCACGGCUUCCUCGCUCCUCCACUCUACCCGUAUCCCCUCUCACAUUCCUCGCUCCACACCUCUAAUCCGACGUCUUUCGUCAAGAACUCGUGGGACCUCCUCAACGGCCUUUCUGCCUUCGAGUCUCCUUUCUCGUCAAUCACAGUCCCGGCUCUUCUCCAAGUCCGCCCGCAGCCGUGCGAAGUAUAAUCGGUUCGAAGAACCGCAGUUUCCCAGACUCCAAGAUGGCGAGCAUUUGCAGCUCUGGCUCGUACUCAUUGCCGUCGGAGGAAGCUUCUAUGUCUAUAACCUGGAGACUGUGGAGCUGACGGGCCGCACUCGAUUUAACUGCGUAUCCGACGAGCUCGAGAAACAGAUGGGAGACCACGAAUACCAUGCAAUCAUGAACAGAGCUGAAGGCUUGAUUCUACCUCCGUGGCAUCAUAUCUCCGAAGAAGUAACCCGAGUCUUCGAGCGGCUGAUAGCUCAUACACCCGUACAAGACACGAAAUGGGAGGUGCACGUUAUCAACGAUAUGUCGGAGCAGAACGCAUUUGUCCUUCCGAAUGGAAAGGUAUUCGUGUAUACUGGCAUCUUGCCGGUUUGCGGAAAUGCUGAUGGUCUUGCGGCGGUGCUGGGCCAUGAGAUCGCUCAUGUGCUGGCCCAUCACCAGGCUGAACGCAUGAGCCAUUCUGUUCCCAGUGUUAUUCUGACCUAUGGGCUGGUAUAUCUGUUUGGCAGUCUCGGACAUUUCGCGUCUCAGAUGUUGGAUUGGUCUGUCAAUUUGCCAAACACACGGGUGCAGGAGGCUGAGGCAGACAAAAUCGGGCUGAUGCUGAUGGCCAAGGCCUGUUACAACCCUCGUGCCGCAGUUGACUUCUGGAACCACAUGCACAUGACUGAAAGAGUUCGUGUGCCUGAGUUCAUGUCCACACAUCCAUCGGCAUUCAACCGAAUGCAAUCAAUGAGCGAAAGGCUACACAAAGCCGAAUCCUUGUACGAAAACAGCGGAUGCCAUAUGGUCAGAGGCUACAUCCCUGAUUUCACCGACGCAAUCGACCACUACGCAGGCCCUCAGGAGAGAGCUCCCCGUAUCAGAAGUCAUCAUCCGAGAGGUGGUCAUCAUGGCAGAGGCCAUCAUGAACAAUUCCAGCCUGAUGAUAGCUCUGACGGCGAAUACUUCUUUUGAAAGUACCUCAGCGUAUACUUACUGUAAUACUAUGAUGAAUUUCUGUCCUUGGAUCCUUUCAUCCUGAUACUGUGGAUCGGAUCCGCACAAGGCCUAGCGUGAUAUGAGCGAUUUAGCAUGUAUCUAUAUACCUAUCUCGCGUUGACUUUUCUCGGGAUACUCCACUCUGCUCGCAUCCAAAUCUCUA